CUGUCGCACAGCUUGCUGUCGUGUUCUGCGCGACGAAGGUCCCCUUGCUCACGACGCUCUCACACCUAAGUACAGAGGGCUGAUACUCUUCAACCGACUCACUCUUACCUUCCAUUUCAUACAAGCAUAUUACAUUGCAUCAGUUCUGCACAGUUAACCAGGGACUUGCUCGCUACACACAAAAAGGAACUAGCUUCACGCGCUUUUGACAUGGCUGAUCGCGGAGGCCGUGGACGUGGAGGUCGCGGCGACGGACGCGGCGGCGGACGCGGCGGCUUCGACGGAGGAGGUCGCGGCAGGGUUGGUCCAGACGCCGGAUGUGGAGGACGCGGUGACCAUGCAUCUGGCGGACGCGGUCGCGGCCGUGGUGGAUUCGACGGUGGCCGUGGACGAGGCGGCUUUGACGGCGGUCGUGGUCGCGGAGGCGGUGGCCGAGGAGGGCGAGGCGGCGGUCGGGGUGCUUCUAACCCGGAGGAGUUGCUACCUUACAAGAGCCCACACGGCUCUGCCGUCCCGGACCAGCAAAUCGCUGUUCUCGAAGAUGACCUGAUCGGAGUGGGUGCCGUAACCCGUGCGUUGGCAUCUACCAGUCUCGACAAGAAGAGUGUUGGCAGUGACGUCUUCCCGUUGCGGCCUGCCUUUGGCACCGACGGGACCAAGGUGGUCGUCUGGGCGAAUUAUUUCCCAAUCUCUGUCGGCAAAUCGACAUUCUGGAAAUACACGGUCGAUGUGUCAGAGGUCAAGGAAGGGUCCAAAGGAGGUAAGGAAGUCAAAGGCCGCAAGCUUCAUCUCGUCCUGGAUGCUCUUGUCAAGACACUUGAGGGUACAAAAUCCGUCGCAGCGACUGAAUACAAGUCGCAACUGGUCUCGACAAAGAAGCUGGAUCUGAAGGCCGGCCCGGUCCGCAUUGAGCUGCCUUGGCAGGAUGGCGAGGGCGUUGAUGUCUACCAUGCUACCAUCAACGGGCCGACGGAGGUCGACAUGGAGCAGCUUUCGAAUUACCUAACCGCCCAGGACCACAGCUCUGACGAUCAUCUGUUUCCCCGAUAUCCCGAAUCUAUCGAUGUGCUCAACGUCAUUUUGGGUCACACCCCGCGGACCAAUCUGAGUGGCAUCAGUGCUGUGGGAAGCGCACGUUUCUUCCCCAUCGGUUCUGGCAACCCCCUUGCGUCCGAGGUCGACUUGUUCAGCAGCAACCCAUACGAACUCCGGGAUGCACGACCGCUCGUUGCUUCUCGCGGAUUCUUCCAGUCCGCACGCAUCGGAACGGGCCGUCUGCUAUUGAACGCCAACGUCACCUGCGGCGUCUUCAAAGCCUCUGGCCCUUUGACGAGGAUAUUCGACAAUCUGAGCCUCCGUGGCUUGGACUUUACCAAGCUAUCCUGGGAGCAGAAACUCCUCCUUCGCAAUGCGGCCAAGAUCCUCCCCAAGACACGGGUCAAGGUGACGAUGAUGGUCCAGGGAAAGAAGGCUGGCAGCCUUAAGAAGGUGCCCAAGAUGAAGGCUAUCAACGCGCUGGUAUCGAAGUUCAAAAUGUCGAAACAGGGCGAUCACCCUCCACGAGUUGACACAAAAGUCAUGGAGUUUGCUGGGCCCCGCCAGGUCCAGUUCUGGUUGGAGGAGAAUGGCCAGGGUAAGUGGGUGUCUGUCUUUGACCACUUCAAGACCAAGUACAACAUGACCUUGGGCGACUAUCCCCUUCUCGACCUAGGCAAUGCUCAGAAGCCAAGCUUCUUCCCGGCGGAGCUUAUCGAGAUCGAGCCCGGACAACCCGUCAAGGCCAAACUGAACGGCACAGAGACGUCCAAGAUGCUGCUUCAUGCCUGCAAGAAGCCUCAGGUGAACGCACGGAUCCUGGAGGACACCAGCCGUCAGGUGUUGUGCCUGGACGACCCUUACCUGGCCAAAUUUGGCAUCACUGUUGCCAAGAACCUCUUGGCCAUCGACGCUCGGGUCCUCAAUGCUCCCAAGAUCCAGUACCGCGGCGGGGGAGCCAACACCAAGAUCAACCCUCGGGACGGCAGCUGGAACAUGCAAGGUGUCCAGGUACACAAGGGCGGCAAAGUGAACAAGUGGACGUGGUGCGAAAUUGGCCCUCGCCAACCGACGGCGGAUAUGCCGACUGCAGUCAACCGAUUCGCGCAGGUAGCAGAGGCCACGGGGCUCGACAUUGGCCCCCCAACCUCCGCUCCAGCCCAUUUCAUGCAGACGGAUGCCGCCUUGCACGGCGAUGGGCUAGACAGGCUGUUCCAGUGGGUGCAGAGCCAGCAGAUUGGGUUCAUUCUUUUUGUCUUCUCCCCCAAGGAGGACAAGUCCGGCGUGUACAACCGCAUCAAGGUGUACGGCGAUUGCAAGUACGGGAUCCACACGAGCUGCAUGGUGUCCAGCAAGUUCCUGCCCAGGGGCGGCGGCGCCAUGGACGCGUCCUGGCGGCCCGAGGCUUACUUUGCCAACUGCGCGCUGAAGUGGAAUCUCAAGGCUGGCGGCAUCAACCACAAAUUGGCGGAGGAUAUUAAGACGUUGAAGCCAGAGGAGGCGACCAUGAUUAUCGGCUAUGAUGUGACCCAUCCGACGAACAUGCCAGCGGCUAAGGCUGGCAAGGACAGCCCUCCCAGUCUGGUGGGCGUCGUCUCCAGCGUGGACAAGGAGCUCGGACAGUGGCCCUCGACCGUCUGGGAGCAACAAGCACGCCAGGAGAUGCUCGACGAUCGCCUCACGCAAACCUUUGUGCACCACCUCAAGUUGUGGCAGAAGGCGAACAAGAAGGUGCCCAAGCAGAUUGUGAUCUACCGCGACGGUGUGUCCGAGGGACAGUACCAGCAGGUGCUCGACAAGGAACUGCCCAAGAUCCGUCAGGCCUGCACGCAGGUCUGCGGCAAGGCUAUACCCAAGCUGACCAUUGUCGUCUCUGUCAAGCGUCACCAGACGCGCUUCUACCCGGCCGAGGACGGCAAGCAGACCAAGACGGGCAACGUCGCCUGCGGCACUAUGGUUGACCGUGGCGUCACGCAAGCGCGCUUCUGGGACUUCUUCCUGGUCCCCCACGCGGCGCUGCAGGGCACCGCCCGCCCAGGACGUUACAUGGUUCUCCUCGACGAGAUCUUCCGCCCGAAGCACAAGGCCGAGGCGGCCAACGAGCUAAUCAAGCUGACGCACGAAAUGUGCUACCUGUUUGGCCGCGCGACAAAGGCGAUCAGCAUCUGUCCACCGGCAUACUACGCGGACAUUGUCUGCGAGCGCGCGCGUGCGCACCGCCCCGAGUUCUUUGACGACUCGGCGAGCAUGACGAGCGAGAGCACCCAGCGCAGCGGCGGGCAGGCCACAGCGAUCCACGCCAAUCUGACCGAUACCAUGUAUUAUAUUUAACCCCGCCCAGCGGCAAGAAGUCGGAGCGAAUACGAGCGUGUGUGGUCUUUAUCAGUU